GGGCCGCUGGAGAGCUGCCCACGCUAACAUGGCGGCGUCUGGUUGUGGCAUGUUCUUUCGCUUCGCGUUUUGGCCGGGGCGGGGGUCUGGGCUUUAGGCAGGUAGUAUUUAGUUUCACAAUGUUUGGGGACCUAUUUGAAGAGGAUUAUUCCAGUGUGUCAAAUAAUCAUUAUGGAAAAGGGAAGAAAUUAAAGACCAAAACAUUGGAGCCACCUGCUCCUAGAGAAUUCACCAAUUUAAGUGGAAUCAGAAAUCAGGGUGGAACCUGUUACCUCAAUUCCCUUCUUCAGACUCUUCAUUUCACACCUGAAUUCAGAGAAGCUUUAUUUUCUCUUGGCCGGGAAGAGCUUGGUUCGUUAGAGGACAAGGAUAAACCUGAUGCAAAGGUCCGAGUCAUACCUUUGCAGUUACAGCGGUUGUUUGCACAGCUUCUGCUCUUAGACCAGGAAGCUGCGUCCACAGCAGGCCUCACUGACAGCUUUGGGUGGACUAGCGAUGAGGAAAUGAGGCAACAUGAUGUGCAGGAACUGAAUCGAAUUCUCUUUAGUGCUUUGGAAACUUCUUUAGUUGGGACCUCCGGCCAUGACCUCAUCAAUCGUCUAUAUCACGGAACCAUUGUUAACCAGAUUGUUUGUAAAGAAUGUAAGAAUGUCAGUGAAAAGCAGGAAGACUUCUUAGAUCUAACAGUAGCAGUCAAAAAUGUGUCAGGUUUGGAAGAUGCACUCUGGAACAUGUAUGUAGAAGAGGAAGUUUUUGACUAUGACAACUUAUACCACUGUGGGACUUGUGACAGGCUGGUUAAAGCAGCAAAGUCAGCCAAAUUGCGUAAGCUGCCACCCUUUCUUACUAUUUCUUUAUUGAGAUUUAAUUUUGAUUUUGUGAAGUGUGAACGCUACAAGGAAACAAGCUGUUAUACGUUCCCUCUCCAGAUCAAUCUCAAGCCUUUUUGUGAACAGAGUGAAUUAGAUGACUUGGAAUAUAUGUAUGACCUCUUCUCAGUUAUUAUACACAAAGGUGGUUGCUACGGAGGACAUUAUCAUGUGUAUAUUAAAGAUGUCGAUCAUUUGGGAAACUGGCAGUUUCAAGAGGACAAAAGUAACCCAGAUGUGAAUUUGGAAGAUAUUCAGAAUGAAGAAGAGGUUGAUGAUCCACUGAUGAUUCUAAAAGCAAUCUUAUUACAGGAGGAGAGUAACCUCAUUCAUAUUGAUCAGCUGGGCCAGAAACUCUUGAAAAAGAUAGGAAUGUCUUGGAAUAAGAAGUACAGAAAACAGUAUGGACCACUGCGAAAGUUUUUACAGCUUCAUUCUCAGAUAUUUCUGCUCAGUUCAGAUGAAAGUACAGUUAGUCUAUUGAAGGACUGUUCUCUCCAGGCUGAGUAUGAUAUCCGAAGAAACUAUCAACAACUUUUCAAGACACUUACUUCAGAAUCCCCAGGAUUAAAUGAUAGAUCCUCCUGUCCCCACUGGUUUGAUAUAAAUGAUUCCAAAGUCCAACCAAUCAAGGAAAAGGAUAUUGAACAGCAAUUUCAGGGUAAAGAAAGUGCCUACAUGUUGUUUUAUCGGAAAUCCCAGUUGCAGAGACCCCCUGAAGCUCGAGCUAACCCAAGAUACAGGGUUCCAUGUCAUUUGCUGAAUGAAAUGGAUGCAGCCAACAUUGAACUACAAAUAAAAAGGGCAGAAUGCGAUUCUACAAACAACAAUUUUGAAUUGCAUCUCCACCUCGGUCCCCAUUAUCAUUUCUUCAGUGGUGCUCUGCACCCAGUAGUGUCUCAAACAGAAAGCAUGUGGGAUUUGACCUUUGAUAAAAGAAAAACUUUAGGAGAUCUUCGACAAACAAUAUUUCAGCUGUUAGAAUUUUGGGAAGGAGAUAUGGUUCUUAGUGUUGCAAAGUUUGUACCGGCAGGACUUCAUGUUUACCAGACACUUGAUGGAGAUCACCUGACACUGUGUGAAGUUGAAAUCACUGAUGGGGAAGACAUCUUUGUGUGGAAUGGGGUGGAGGUUGGUGGAAUCCAGAUUCCAACUGGUAGUGACUGCGAACCUCUGCUUUUAAAUGUUCUUCAUCUGGCAACAAGCAAUGAAGGAAAGGAGUGUCAGCAGUUGAUAGAAUCUCCACAUGUCUUUCCAUCUAAUGCAGAAAUAGGUAGUGUAUUCACAGCCUUAGCAAUCCCAGAUGGAGUCAUCUUAGUCAACAAAACCGAGUCUUUAAGUGAAGAGAACUGGACCACCAUUCCCAAGGAAGACUUGAAGAAGACAUUCGGAGAACAAGGUCUCAGAAAUGGAAGUUCAAUUUUAAUUCAGGAUUCUAAUGAUGGUAACAGUUUGUUGACCAAACAAGGGAAAUGGAUCACUAGUAUGAAUGAGAUUGACUGGCUCCAAGUUAAAAAUUUAUGCCAAUUAGGAUCUGAAGAGGAGCAAGUUAAAAUAUCAGCAACUCUUAACACAGUGGUGUUUGAUAUUCAAAUUAAAGCCAUAAAGGAAUUAAAAUUAAUGAAGGAACUAGCCGAGAAUAGCUGUUUGAGGCCUAUUGAUAGAAAUGGGAAGCUUCUUUGUCCAGUGCCAGACCAUUAUACUUUGAAGGAAGCAGAAUUGAAGAUGGGGAGUUCAUUGGGACUGUGUCCUGGAAAAGCACCAACUUCCUCUCAGCUAUUCCUGUUUUUCGCUUUGGGGAGUGAUAUUCAACCUGGGACAGAGAUGGAGAUCAUAGUAGAAGAAACAAUAUCUGUGAGAGAUUGUCUAAAGAUGAUGCUGGAGAAAUCUGGCCUAUCAGGAGACACAUGGCAUUUACGAAAAAUGGAUUGGUGCUAUGAAGCCGGGGAGCCUUUAUGUGAAGAAGAUGCAACACUGAAAGAGCUUAUGAUCUGUUCUGGAGAUACUUUGCUUUUAAUUGAAGGAAAACUUCCUCCUCUGGGUUUCCUGAAGGUGCCCAUCUGGUGGUACCAGCCACGGGGCCCCUUCCAUCACUGGAAGAGUCAUCAGGAGCAGACAAACGGUAUCUUUCCUCAAGGCGGGGUCUGGAGAGCCGAUUCCACCCAAGGUGCUCCCAGUGACACACAUGCAGAAGUUUCCCUCCACUACUUGGGAGACAUUGAAAUCUCAGAAGAUGCCACCUUGGGGGAGCUGAAGUCUCAGGCCAUGACCUUGCCCUCCUUCUCGGAGUUUUCCAUCCCAUCCCCAGCCUUCCUUAGAGCCUGGACAGUGGAAAGUAAGCGCCCCAGCAGGCUCUUACGAGUCCACCAGCAGCAGCUCAAGGAAUAUAAAUUGGGAAAGAGAACUGAGAUCUGCUUAGAACCCCUUCAGAAAGAAGAAAACUUGGGCCCCCAGGACGUGCUGCUGAGGACACAGAUGCGCCUCCCUGGCAAGAGGGCAUAUGCCUUGCCCUCGGACUUGGUGUGGGACACUGCCCAAGGCUGGACGGCCGGCUCCCUGAGGCAGCGAGUGGCCGAUUUCUAUUCUCUUCCUGUGGAGAAAAUUGAAAUUGCCAAAUACUUUCCUGAAAAGUUUGCGUGGCUUCCAGUAUCUAGCUGGAUCCAGCAAAUUACCAAGAGAAAAAAGAAGAAAAAGCAAGAUAAUUUGCAGGGAGCACCUUAUUACUUGAAAGAUGGAGAUACUAUUGGUAUUAAGAAUCUCCUGGUUGAAGACGAUGGUGAUUUCAGCACAGUCAGAGACGACAUCGGAAAAGAAAAACAGAAAGAGUUCGCUCUGGGGAGAAAGAAGAGCCAGGAAGCCCUUCGUGUGCAGAGCCGUGAUGUCUUCUCUGACGCAGAGGUGCUGGCCCGGCCCCAUGGACCAGAAGCUUCUCUCUCCAUCCACGUGAGGAGCUUCAGAUAGCGCUGCAGGCCGUGCUGGACGGUGCAGCCCCGGGCGCAGGGCCUCCGUGCUCCUGCUCCAGGUCGCCGGCCAGUUUCCUGAGAGCAGGUGUAUUGGUUUCUCCCCUGUGCGGACAUGGACUCCAAGCCCUGCUUUCUCACAAGCAAGGGGGGUUCGUCUCAGGCCAGGCAAGUGCCCUUGUCACCCAGCUCCGCAAUGCGUCCCCCUAGGGUCUGGCACAGACCCCGCUGUACCUUACAGAUGCCAACUGGCCGACACCCUCACACCACACUUGACUCCCACCACUGUCUUCAUAGGAAAAUUUACUAGUUUUGCAUUAACUGCAGGUGUGGAUAACAUGGCACGUUGCUCACCUCUGACAAACCUUCCCUUUAAACUACACACGCCCCACUCUCUUUCUCACGCUGUUCAGAUGACUUCUCUGGUAUCUGUAAGUCACCCAGGUUCCGACAGCUCAACUCACACGGAUGGGCCAGCCAGGCUCAUGCUGUGACAUUAACAGGAGUCCGUUUUCUGGUCCCCAAAUGGCACGUUUUCCCUAUGGUCUGAGUUAAAACUGUGAUGGUCAAGCGUUACCUCUCUUUCCGGGAUGAGACGGACAGGGCGUCCUCUGGCGUCACGUAUCUGCCGCUGGAGAGGGGGCAGCAUGCGGUGUGGCUGCGGCGGGGCAGCUCGGAGGCACUGUCCGACCUGUGCUGUCUGUGGUCAGAACAUUCUUGCUGGGGUGGUGGCCUGCAAACACCGGGGCCUCUUCCUGUCUGGGAGCCUGAUGGGGAGGCAGGGUCAUGGCAGACAAGCCUGGGAAGGGCUGAGGGGAAGUCCUGAGGAGCGUGGAUUAACACAGGAGAAAAAAUGUGAACCAAGAUUCUCCUUAAUUUGGCAUGGCUAGCUAUCAAAUUUAAAAGAUUUAAUUGGCAUGGAUGACAAACACAAGCAUCUGUGUGACCGAGUUGAUUGAUUUAGGACAUUGGGGUGAUUCGCUUUCUCGAGUUAACUCAGUGGAAAGCAGGCAUUCCUGAGACGAUAAAAGCAACUGUACUUUCUUAUACCUCAGUGAUGCUGUACAGCGACUCUCUUGCUGAGUAUGGUUAUCUUCUUAAUUUCAGUUUAUCAGCCCUUUUACCAUUGAUAUUAAAAUAGCUCUUAAAUGUAAGAGAUGGAAAGAAAAUGACAAAUGUGGACUAGGGUCUCCGCCUGCAUCACCGGCUUAAGAAUUAACUGAGUGAAUGCUGCUCCACCCGGGCUGCCCUUCCACAGAGCUUGACGCUGAGUGGCAUGAACGACCCUGCUUUUCCUUCCUCUGUCCUCCUCCCAACCAAUGUCAUCACCACCAUUAGAAACUUUCAUCUUCUCCGUGUGUGUGUCUCAAAUUGUUGGGUCACAAGUUAUGUACUAAUUUGUAUGGAAGCAGGUGUGUUUUAAGAAGUUGGACUUUGGUGAGGACUUCCAGGCUCUCAAACACUAAAUCCGUCUCAGGAGACCCGCGCGUGGGGUCGAGACUAUCUCCUGAUGCACCUGGUGGGCGGUGAUGAUGCCAAAGUGUAAGCUCUGUGACGGAGCGCUGCAGGCCCAGCCCCUCUGUGUAGAAGCUGCUUUGUCCCUUUUCUUGUAACUGACAGGGCUCCUUCGUGUGCCCCUACAUUCCACUGUAAUAAAACAUUAAUGUAAUAACUGAAAAGCCUUGCUUCUGAGAAGCCAGAGGCCUCGCUGGAUGUUACUUACCGCGAUGAGCAUAGGUCGACGUGCCUUAUGGUGUCCAUGGUGAGGGGCCAGGGCCUCGGGUGGUCUCUGCUUGCCGGCCUGCUCCCCCCCUUCCCUUCCAAUUCAGGGAUGGAGUGAGGCUACCGGGAGAGAGCUGUAAGAUUCUGUCAACGAAAAAAUAAACUGUUCAAUUUGUAACCUCCCGUUUCUGUGCGCUGACUGCUUCAUGUUCUCCUGGCCUUUUUCCCAAGUGAACUUCAGAUGCUAAGUUGCUGAGGUUUAUAUUU